AUGAACAUUCAGGAGUGCAAGUGUGCAGAAAAUCGUCCGCUAAACGACGCGUUUUGUUGCACCUGUCCAACAACCUCUCAUGAAAUGGGCCCUAGUGAUUUUAAAGUUCCUGCUAUACCUCUCGAUCGCCCUCAGUGCAGUGCUCGGAGUAACGAGAAAGAAGAAAAAAAACCGGAUCUUAAGAAUGAUGACAAGAAAAAGGAAUGGUCGCUAUCUGAUUUUGAAUUGGGAAGGCCCCUUGGAAAAGGUAAAUUCGGCAAUGUAUACUUAGCCCGUGAAAAAGGGGCUCGUUAUGUCGUUGCUUUAAAAGUUAUGCUUAAAAGUCAAAUCCAGUAUUUGGAAAUGGGACAUCAAAUACGCCGCGAAGUGGAAAAUCAGUGUCGACUACGUCAUCGAAAUAUUCUACGAAUGUAUGGUUAUUUUCAUGACGAUGAGAGGAUUUAUUUGAUUUUGGAAUACGCAAAGCAUGGUGCCCUAUAUAAGUUUCUCAAAGAGCACAAGAGAUUUGAUGAGAAAACCGCAGCCAUCUAUGUCAGGGAUUUAACAAAAGCUUUAAUAUACUGUCACUCGAAAAAUGUUAUCCAUCGUGACAUCAAACCCGAAAACUUGCUAAUCGGAGAUAAUUAUGAACUUAAAAUUGCUGACUUUGGCUGUUCAGUGCACUCACCAUCUUCAAGGCGUAUGACCCUAUGUGGUACUUUAGAAUACUUGUCUCCUGAGAUGAUAGACAGAAAACCUCACAAUUAUGCAGUUGAUAUUUGGAGUCUUGGAGUACUGUGUUAUGAGCUACUGGUAGGUUUACCGCCAUUUGAAGCAAAGGAAAAUCAUCAAACAUUUAGAAAAAUUAGAUAUGUGAUCAUUAAAUAUCCAGAUUUUAUUUCUGAAGAGGCAAAAGACUUAAUUGGUAAGCUUCUAGUUAUAAACCCAGAGCAAAGGUUACCAUUGACACAAGUUUUGCAGCACCCUUGGAUUUUAGAAAAUGCCCCAGAAGGCGCUAGGCCACUAUUUUGUAACAUGGAACAAAAACAACUAUGA